AUGGCAAUCCGCUUCCGCCUGGUGUUCUAUCCCACGGUAUUGCGCCUAUAUAAUUUUGGUGAAGCCUUUUCCCCCUCAAAAGAACGGAAAUACGAAUCUCGCACCCCCCUUGUGAUCCGUCCCCCCGAGGCGCGGUUUGAGGCAAAUAACCCUCUGUCUUUUUCAUCGGAUAUUUGGACUCUCGCCUGUACUAUAUGGUCUAUCAUAGCCCAACGGCCAUUAUUUGAAGGGUUUCUCGCGACGGAGGACGAUAUAACUUGCGAGCAUGUCGAUGCUCUUGGUGUUUUACCGCUUGAAUGGUGGAAGAGGUGGGACGCGCGACGACUGAAAUUUACUGAGGAUGGUAAGCCAAUAAACCGCAACCCUUUCCGAUCUUGGGACGAUCGGUUUGAGGAUAGCGUGCAACAGCCCAGGCGAGAUAGUGAUAUACCGCCGUUUGAUGCAAGGGAGAGGGAAGCUUUCUUCGAUAUCCUACGGCCGAUGCUCUCAUUCAGACCUGAGAAUCGCCCUACUACUAAGAAAAUUCUCGAUUCAGAAUGGAUGCUAAAAUGGGCUCUGCCUGAAUAUAGCAAGAUCCAAGAUAAAGCAUGA